CCAAAACUGAAAAAGAAAAAGAAAUAUAUCGAAAAGUGGUGCCAGUAGAACACGUCCUGUUGAGACCUGACUCUUAUGUUGGUUCCAUUGACUCUUUAAAAGAAAAGAUGUGGGUUAUUGAUUCUGAAACGGAAAGGCUUGUUUCCAG